GCUCGGAUAUCUGCUUCAACUUCCAAGCUUUUUACAUUGAAACUGAAAACUAAACUGUCAAUUGAGGCAUUGAAUGUGAAAGAGCUGCUGCAUUUGUGUCGUUGUUUGAGUUCAAGUGCGAGUCUGCGAAUCAUUUUGUGUAGUAUCAGUUUCUCUAGGAAUGGCGCUUUGGAUGGAAUCAGGUUCCAAACCCAUAACCGAUUCCGAAAGUGCAGAUAUCGAUGCUAUCACCGCUCUUAAGGAAUCCGCCGCUCUCGAGCUCAAGGAAGAAGGUAAUCGGUAUGUGAAGAUGGGCAAAAACCACUAUUCUGCAGCCAUGGAUUGCUAUACUAGAGCAAUCAAACAGAAGGUAUUAAAUGACACUGAGAGUUCAAUUCUCUAUGCAAAUCGUGCCCAUGUGAAUCUUCUCCUUGGAAACUACAGACGUGCCCUUGAAGAUGCUGAAGAGGCAAUCAAGUUGUGUCCUACAAAUGUCAAGGUUGCACUUUAUCGAGCUGCCAAAGCUGCCUUGUCUUUAGAUCUGUUGACUGAGGCAAAAUCAUUCUGCCAAAUGGGACUAGAGCAGUUCCCGAGUAAUGAUGAGCUGAAAAAUCUGUUGAAGGAAAUUGAUUUGCGAAAAUCUGAACGUGAACAACAUGAGGCUAAAGUAUCGCAGGCUGUGGGUGCUACUAAGGAUCUUGUAUCUGCCAUUGAGAGUAGAGAGUUGAAGCUAGGGAAGGCAUUGUAUCAAGAACUGACUGGAAUAAGAAAGCCAAUGCUAGAUAAAGAUAGUAUUCUUCACUGGCCAGUUCUUUUUCUUUAUGCAGAGGUCAUGUCCAGCGACUUUAUUGAGGAUUUCUGUGAGACGGAUAUGUUCUCUCCUCAUCUUGACAUGAUGUUUUCAGAAAGUUGUCCUCCAUUACCUUGGGAUAAGGAACACACUUACACCCGUGACGCUGUUGAACUGUAUUAUGAGGUAGGUUCAGGAGUUCCUCUAUCAAAGAAUGAGGUUCUUCGACAUCUCCUAGAGGGAACUGCAGGUUCUCUUGCAGAAGGAAUCUGGGUCGAAGAGAAAGAUGCACAGGAGUCAAACCGUGGCGUAUCUGCAGGUGAAGGCCAUAAAUGGGUCAAGGUAGAAGAGAAGAAAACACUUCACAGUGUCCUGAGUCGAGCAGAUUUCGUUAUCCCUGGAAUCCCAGUUUUCUAUGUUGUUUCAAAACGCUCCACCUUCUAUCGGGAGUUUAGAUCUGGGAAGUGGACUCCACCAUGAUUUUGCAGGAUCAGUGGCGCAAUCAAAGUGGCUUCGUCAAGUGAGUUGCAAUCUCAGAUUUGUUUACUGGUGUUCUCAAAAUCGUCCCCUAUUAUGUAUAGAUUUCCCAUGAUUACUGGAUGUGAACGAAUUUACCAUGUGUGCUGAUAAGCAUGCCUUUGUGGACUUGCCAAUUAAGCAACAGAGUGAUGACGAUAUCAGACGACAAAGCUUACUAAUCAAUUUACUGGUGCAUACUUGAGAUUCUCAGCUUGUGAUGGAGAUUUUCAUCCAUUUGACUCAGCUUUCUUGCUGUGAUAUUUUCAUGUAUCAUACUUCUGACUUUAGGUAUGCCAUUGUCAGCGAGUUGGGAGAAUAGGAAACAAGGUGUCUGUUGGCAGCCUGGACAGCUGCAGUUUGAUUAAGAUGCCAUGUUAUUGAAUGUUUUACUGUUGAAUGACAUCCCUUGAAGCUUGAAUUAU